GUUUCCUAGAGCGGACUCGGAAGUGCUCUCGGGGGGUGGAUUUAUGGCUCAAGCCCGUUGGACAGGGAAAGCUUGGACUUGCUUACUUCCGGCGAGGAAGUGGUGCGAAGUGUCGCCUUCGGUUUUCUCUCCGUUUGUGAAAAGACACCCAUCUCUCCAGCCUUGAUUGCGGGAGCUCGGUCGUCCAGGAGAGCUCCCCGAGGCUGGAGUCUUGAGGAAAGGGAAUGGGCAUUGUAUCCAGACGGGGGCCCUAUCCCUAACCUUGACCGGGCCGGUCUCCCGUGUGUACGGGGUCAGGGUCGAUUCCGAGAAAUCCAGGUCCAAAUCUGCCCUUAUUAUCCUGCUUCUCUUCGGGACCAAUGAAGUCUCCCGUUGGUCUGUCAGGCCCUUCUGGCUUGAAAGACAGGACCAGUUUUGAUCAUUGUAGUGUUUUUGACCCCUGUUCUGACUUAAGUUUGACUUAAAGGUAGAGAGAAGGAGCGACUGCGACUGGACUAGUUAUAGGUUGCAUAAUAAUGAACGUGUCCUCCAGAAGAUCCUAAAGAGGAAAACGUAUGUGAUCAGUGUAAAACAGCUAAAGGGGAGAGAGAGCCUUCUGAGUUUGGAAUGAUAAUGACAGAAUCUGGGGAAGUCAUUGACUUGGACCCUCCAGCUGAGACUUCACAAGAGCAAGAAGACCUUCUAAUAGUGAAGGUGGAAGAAGAAGACUGCACGUGGAUGCAGGAGUACAGUCCGCCAGUGUUUGAGACUUUUUACCAGCGCUUCAAGCACUUCCAGUACCAUGAGGCAUCAGGCCCCCGGGAGGCACUCAGCCAGCUCCGGGUGCUCUGCUGUGAGUGGCUGAGGCCUGAGCUGCACACCAAGGAGCAGAUCCUGGAGCUACUGGUGCUGGAGCAAUUCCUGACCAUCCUGCCUGAAGAGUUCCAGACCUGGGUGAGAGAACAUCACCCGGAAAAUGGAGAAGAGGCUGUGGCUGUGGUAGAAAAUAUACAGAGGGAACUAGAGGAACGCAGACAACAGAUUGUGGCAUGUCCAGAAGUCCUUUCUCAGAAGAUGGUGCCAUCAGGAGCUAUGCAGGAGUCCCUCCAUCACCAGCUUCUGUCUCUGGACCCCCAGCCUGAACAAGAGCCACAGAAGCCACAUCUGGAGGAAAAUGUUUCUUCCCUUCCCCUGAAGGACAGCCAGGAGCUGACAGCCUCACUUCUCUCAGCUGGGUCCCAGAAGUUGGUGAAAAUUGAAGAUGUGGCUGAUGUGGCUGUUUCCUUUAUCCUGGAGGAAUGGGAACAUUUGGACCAGUCCCAGAAGUCUCUCUAUAGGGAUGACAGGAAGGAGAAUUAUGAGAGUAUUACCUCCAUGGAUUGCAAGUCAAAGAAUGACAAUAUGGAACUCAUAGUAAAGCAGAUUUCUGAUGAAGCCAAAUCGCACUGGAUGACAUCAGAAAGAAGUGUUGCCCAAAGUCAAGAAUUUGGAGAAGUUAAUGACCUUCGCAGCAUGGUAGAAGGGUGGCAGGUAAACCCCAGUGUGGGGAAGUCAAGGCAGAACCCUUCCCAGAAAAGAGAUCUUGGUGCCAUCACAGACAUUAAUUGUAAGCAAAACACAAAUGCUGAGAGAGGUCACAAAUGUAAUGAUUGUGGUAAAUUUUUCCUUCAAGCCUCAAACUUCAUUCAACAUCGGCGAAUCCACACUGGAGAAAAGCCAUUUAAGUGUGGUGAAUGUGGGAAAAGCUAUAAUCAGCGUGUGCACCUUACUCAACAUCAGCGAGUCCACACUGGUGAGAAACCCUAUAAAUGUCAGGUGUGCGGAAAAGCCUUUCGUGUGAGUUCCCACCUUGUCCAGCAUCACAGUGUGCACAGCGGAGAGAAACCCUACGGAUGUACCGAAUGUGGGAAAAACUUUGGUCGGCACUCUCAUCUGAUUGAGCACCUGAAGCGCCACUUCAGAGAGAAAUCCCAAAGAUGCAAUGACAAAAGAAGUAAGAAUACAAAAUUGAAUGUUAAGAAGAAAAUUUCAGAAUUUUCAGAAGCAGACAUGGAACUAUCUGGAAGAAUCCAAAAAAAUGUUUCUCAAGUUCAAGAUUUUGGAGAAGGCAAGUUGGAUAGAAAGCAGGGAAUUCCCAUGAAAGAGAUAGUAGGACAACCCUCUUCAAAGAGGAUAAAUUUCAAUCAAGUCACAUAUGUCCACAAAAAAUCCUCCACAGGAGAGAGACCACAUAAAUGUAAUGAAUGUGGAAAAAGCUUUAUUCAGAGUGCCCAUCUUAUUCAACAUCAGCGAAUACACACUGGAGAGAAACCAUUUAGGUGUGAUGAGUGUGGGAAAAGCUAUAAUCAACGUGUGCACCUAACUCAGCAUCAGAGAGUCCACACUGGCGAGAAACCCUACACCUGUCAUUUAUGUGGGAAAGCAUUUAGAGUAAGGUCCCAUCUUGUUCAGCAUCAGAGUGUGCACAGUGGGGAGAGACCCUUUAAAUGUAAUGAGUGUGGGAAAGGUUUUGGGAGGCGUUCACACCUUGCUGGGCAUCUAAGACUUCAUUCUAGAGAGAAAACCCAUCAGUGUCAUGAAUGUGGAGAAAUCUUUUUUCAGUAUGUUAGCCUCAUUGAACAUCAGGUGCUCCACAUGGGUCAGAAAAAAGAAAAAAAUGGCGUUUGUGAGGAAGCAUAUAGUUGGAAUUUAACAGUGAUUGAAGAUAAGAAGAUUGAGUUACAAGAGCAGCCUUAUAAAUGUGAUAUAUGUAGCAAAGCCUUUAAUUAUAGUUCUGACCUUAUUCAGCAUUACAGAACUCAUACUGCAGAGAAAACCUGUAAAUGUGAUCUAUGUAGAGAAAAUGUUGGCCAGUGUUCUCACAUAAAACAACGUCAAAAAACCUAUUCUAACAUGAAACCCUAUCAAUGUAAUGAAUGUGGCAGAGGCUUCACUCUGAAGUCACAUCUUAAUCAACAUCAGAGAAUGCAUACUGGUGAGAAACCCUUUCAAUGUACAGAAUGUGGAAUGAGUUUCACUUGGAGUUGUAGCCUCUUCAAACAUCUGAGAAGUCAUGAGAGGACAGGUUCCAUAAAUACCGUAAGUGUAUAGAUGUUUCUGUUGUAGCACCGCUCUUACUCAAUUUAGAGAAGCUUUCCUGAAGAGAAAUCCUACUUCUGUGAUGAAUGUAGUAACAACUUCAGCUUAACCAUAAAACCUCCAGAUACAUAACUGAAAUCCUUCAGUUAGAAUUUAGGAACACUGGAGAACAAGAAAUAGAUCAUUUGUUUGCUUUUCCCAAGGAGAAAUGCUUUUGUUAGCAUCUUCAUGCUUGAGAAUGUAGACAAAAGGGAACCCAUGGUGCCCGCCCGGCGUGGCUCAGUGGUUGAACAUUGACCUAUGAACCAAGAGGUCAUGGUUCGAUUCCUGGCCAGGGCAGUAAAAGAGAGAGAGAGAGAGAGAGAGAGAGAGAGAGAGAGAGAGAGAGAACCCAUGGAUAUGAUGGGUGAAGGAAAACCUUCAAGUAGCACUUAUUCAUUUGAAUGUCAGAUCAUUGACACUGGGAAAGCCUCAUGGAUACAGUAGAAAUAAGCGUUGUUUGUAAUUUCUGCCUUGACAGCUUAUCUAUUCAGGGAAGAGCACAGGUAAAGAAAGAGAACUCUUCAGCAUGAUACUCGUUUUGGUACCUCAGCAACGAACCUUCCCUAGAAAUGGUUGUCCUGGCCAAUAGAAGGCUCCAGUCCUUGUUCCCAUCAUAAGUAUUAGACCCUUUGAAAAAAAAAUUGACUGGUUUUUAUAUUUUGGAAAAAUUGGGUUCAGAGGCCGAAUGGUAUGUGUUCCUUACUAUCUUAUUCAAUCUACAACUUCUCCAUGAAACACACUCUACUUUUUUGGUUUUGUUUUGAUUCUGUUAUCAUCAGAUUAGCUAUUAUAAAGAGGAGUUAAGUUUUUCAAUUCAGUAGAAACUGUGUUGGUUAGUCACAUCUUGAGGGGAGGGGAGCGGGACCUUAGAGGAAUUAAGAAGACAGGCCAAAUAGUGGACUUUUUUUCUUCUUCUUUUCUAUUACCCACAACAGGGUAGCUAUGCACAUAGAAUUGUGGUUCCGCCCUGGCCAGUUUGGCUCAGUGGAUGGAGCGUGGGUCUGCAGACUGAAGGGUCCCAGGUUCUAUUCUGGUCAAAGGCACAUGCUAGGGUUGUGGGCUUGGUCCCCAGUGUGGGGUGUGUAAAA